AUGGUCGCCUUUCUCUAUGGGACCCUGAACGCCUCUUUGAGGCGUGUCUACACACUGACCAAUCCACCCUCGGCCCCUGCUCUUAGUGCUGCCCGUGGUUGGUUGGCAGCGCUGUGUUUUGUUCAUUUGCCCUUUCAACGACGGCGGAAAGGAAGAACUGUGAGGGAGAAGUCAACAGGGCCAUCAGACUUGGCACCACCAAAGCCAACGCCUCGACUCCUGUGGCUGACGGCGCUAGAUUUGGCAAUUUGGAAUGUCAUGGCUCAGGGACUGAUCAAUGUUGGUCUUCUAUUCUGCUCCUCUGCAAGGGCCAGUUUUCUGGUCCAAUCCAGCGUCAUUUUCACUCCCUUCUUGUCCUUGGCGGCAGGUCACAUUGUGCCACGAGCACUAUGGCUGGGGGUUGGUCUUGCCUUUGCGGGGCUGACCAUUGUAUCUGGCGGCGAAAUUGCUUCCGCAACUGAUACCAGUACAUUAUUGAAUCCUUCCAACUUUUCUAUUCGCCCUGGCGAUGCGAUAGUCUUGGCAGGAGCUCUCAGCUGGUCGAUGUAUUUGCUGCGGCUGUCACGAGCUUCGUCACCCGAACGGAACAAACAUGGGAUCGAAUUCCCGGCUCUUUCACUGCAAGCUAUCAAGACCCUAUUGGUGGCCGUCAUGUACACGUGCUGGUGGGUUGCAAAGACAUGCUUCAAUCCACCAUCGCCUCAUGACACAGCAACAAUGCUCUGGUGGAACAGCGGUUUGGCUUGGUUUUGGCUGGCUAUCAGUGCCAUUGGGCCAGGGGCCGUAGCGGACGUGCUUCAGCAGAGGGGACAAAAACAUGUUUCGGCUGCCGAAGCCAAUAUCAUUCUGAGUUCAGAGCCGAUUUUCACCGCCAUUUGCGGCUUUGUGCUGUUGGGAGAGACGGUGGCAAGGCGCGAAAUGGUUGGUGGGGCCGUGAUCGUUGUAGCUGCAUUACUCUCUUCCCUGUAUGCUUGA